AUGUCACCGAUCAAGCAAAAAGGAGGAGGAGGAAAAAAUAUCGCGUAUGUCCUGGGAAAGGGAGAUGACAAAGUAGUUGAGCAUGAUCACUGGUACCUGGUGGAUAACCUCGUCGACUUCAACUCUUAUCUUUGGGCUGAAAUAGCGUUCAGCAGAACUAUUGAUAAUAGCAAUUCUGCCUUAGAUUAUCAGAUUAACGCUAACAAGCCAGUUGGAAGUGAGGUGACUUACAAGAGUCAAGGAAUGGCCCAUGUCCUGGUGGUUUGGGGUCUGGAAGUGUUGCCGAAAGUGCUUGAUAACUUUGGAAGCAAGACUAAUUUUGCAAAUUGGCGCCCCCAUAUGCAUAGUGUUACAUGCGAUUUAGUAAUACACCAUGAGCCUCUACUUACGAUUUUGGAGGAGUCAAAGGGUGAAGUGUGUGAUGACAUUAUGUGGCAUAAAGAAGAUGCAAAGCGUUUGGUAAUGUUGGGGCUAUGUGAAGGUCCCUUGGUAGAUGACGAAGAAGAAGUUUCGUUAAAGAAUGAAAAUGUGGUGGAGAACGAAGAUCUGUUUGAGAAGGGUGAGGAAGAAAAUAUGUUAGAGUCUGAAAAUGUUUUUGUGGAUGAACAGGUUCCAGAGGAGAGCAGCAUGGAUGAUGAAAAGGACGAAGAAGAUCUGUUAGGGAAUGAAAAUGUGGUGGAGGAAAAAUAUCUGUUUGAGAAGGAUGAGGAAGAAGCACGUGUGGCACAUCCUCGCUCCCAACUUGAUGUUCUUUGUUCUAGGACAUCAACUUCAGUCAUUGCUUCUUUCGAGUCUUUUGUGAAAAAUGCAAUGAUUGGUCAUACGGAGGAUUUGCAAAUGACGGUGAUUGGUGAAAUGGAGGUAUUUAAAAGUGCAGUGAAGGGUCAGUUGGAGGAGUUAAGUGUCCAGGUAAGUAAUAGCCAUAAAACAAUGUUGAAUCAUGUGGAGUGUUUAACUGCCGAGAUCAAAUCAAUAAAGGAUAAGAUUGGUGGAACCAAGACGUAUAAUGCAUUGUCAAAGACAAAAACAGGGACUCCACCUGGAGGACAUAACGAAGAAGGAAAUUUUGAUGGUGCGGAAAUGCAGAAGCCAGAUGUGACUCCUGGCAAUGGAUCCAACAAUAUUGAAUUAAAUCCACCAUAUCCGUACAAUCCUCCAAAUAAGGAAGUUGAUGUGAGUCGAGAUGUUAUAUGUAGGUAAAAAACAUUUGUAACAGCUCAACGGGGAA